UUUCUGUGUCUCCAAAUUUUCAUUUGUAUUCUCACUCUUUAAUUUGAAAUUUCUUUCCAUUCAACAAAUAAACACACACCCCCGCUCCCUCUCUGCUAAAACAAUUAAACUGACUCUUUAUCUCUCUCUCUCUCCUUCAACAUCUUUUACUCCGUAAUAGUUUGUCUCAUUUAUUUAUUCGGCCGUCUACGGUCUACCCCCAGUUUGCUCCCCAUUUUUCCAGACGGCUAAUAAAUCAAUAACAAUUAAUAAUUAAUUCUUCUCAAACUACAAAUUCAAUUCCCUACUUCCUGAAUUAUUAUACCAACUUCUAAAAUCCCAUUAUAAUUUGGUUGUUGUUGCUGUUGUUGUUGUUGUUGUUGUUGUUGUUGUUGUUUGAGUUGAGGCCCUCCAUUUUCUAGGGUUUUUCUUCUUCUUUCUUUAAUGGCGUUUUGAAUUUCAAAUUUCCCAACUCAUUCUUCCCUCUUUUCAAGGCAAGGAAUCACUAUUAGUCGGCAUAUUUGAAGCGAGCAAGCGGUAAAGGGUUUCGAAAGGAGUGAAAUUUCCCGGUAAGUUAUUUGGCCAACAAGAUGGCAACCGGAAGUCCUUAUUUCGAUGAUGUGAGGGGGAAGCCUGAAGUUAUCAAUUCUCCCUCAAGUGAAGAUAUGAUUGACGUUGUAGAACAUGUAAUAGAUCCAACACAAACUUCUGUUAAGCAAAAUCCCAUUGUAUCUAGCAGUGUUUAUGAGCUGCUGGAGUGCCCAGUGUGCCUAACUGCUAUGUACCCUCCAAUCCACCAGUGUUCAAAUGGCCACACAAUAUGUGCUAAUUGCAAGCCCAGAGUACACAACCGGUGCCCAACUUGCAGGCAUGAACUUGGUAACAUUAGAUGCCUUGCCCUUGAGAAGGUGGCUGCAUCCCUUGAACUUCCAUGUAAAUAUCAAAGUUACGGAUGCGUGGGUAUAUAUCCGUACUAUAGCAAGCUGAAGCACGAGUCCCAAUGUUCCUUUAGACCCUAUAACUGUCCUUAUGCUGGAUCAGAAUGUACUGUUAUUGGUGAUAUCCCUUAUCUGGUGGCCCACCUUAAGGAGGAUCAUAAAGUUGACAUGCACAAUGGAAGUACAUUCAACCAUCGCUAUGUGAAGUCAAAUCCGCAUGAGGUCGAAAAUGCUACUUGGAUGCUUACGGUUUUCAGUUGCUUUGAGCAGUACUUCUGCCUUCAUUUUGAAGCGUUCCAGCUAGGUAUGGCUCCUGUCUACAUAGCUUUCCUACGAUUCAUGGGGGAUGACAACGAAGCAAAAAAUUAUAGCUACAGCCUUGAGGUCGGAGGAAAUGGAAGAAAGAUGAGCUGGCAAGGAGUGCCAAGGAGCGUUAGGGAUAGCCAUCGCAAGGUUCGUGACAGCUUUGACGGUCUCAUAAUCCAGCGAAAUAUGGCACUUUUCUUUUCUGGUGGUGAACGGAAAGAAUUGAAACUGAGAGUAACGGGUAGGAUUUGGAAAGAACAGUGACUUAAUUUUUCUGGGAAGUCCUCUGUUAGAGUUAGAAUUCUCCUUGUAGUGUCAUUAGAAGUCUUCUGUUCAUGUAUUUUCAACUGUGUAAAAUGGCAAAUUCUCUUUGCUUGCCUAUGCAUCAAAUAUGUGACUGAGACAAAUUUUAUGAUGUUCCAUGUGAAAAAAAUGGUUGAAUCCUUGUA